AUGCUGAUGAGGCUGGGAGGCGCGGCACUGGUGGGAGCGCUGGCCUUCACCACCGCCGACGCUGCCGCCGACUCAGGUAGACCUGCGAGCCAAGGCGAGCCGGGAGGGCCGCCGCUACAGGCGGGGCCCUGGUACAACAGCAGCGUGGCCCUCAGCCACGAUGGACACAUCACCACUGUGACUAUGCCCGUGCGAGGCAACACGCGGUCAUCUGACGUGACUCUGCAGGUGGUGCGCCAGGGCGGCCUGCGCUGCACGCUGCUGCACAACCUGCUUGGCAGCGGCCAGUGGGAGGUGCUAGUAAUGAAUGUCCUGAUCGGCAUGGGCCCCGGCGGCGCCCCCGUCAGCCUCAGCCUGCUGCAGCAGGACCCGCCAGACAUGGCGGCGGGCGGCGCAGCAGUAGGUGGCAACGGCAGCGCAGCAGCAGCAGCAGAGGCAUUCUCAGGGAGUGUAGGUGGCUCCCCCAAGGGCAAGGCCCUGCUGGCCGACUGGGCCAGUGCGGUGCAGAAGUUCUGGCAGCUGGUGCCGCCCAGCGAAGCCAUCUCGCCGCAGGCCAACAAGGCCGCCGACGAGGCGGCGGCCGCCGGCGCGGUGGGCUGCGUGGCGGUGGCCGCCACCGCCUGA